AUGGCAAUACAGUUCCGUAUGGGAGUGUUCACCAUGUGGUUUGCAUGGCCGUCGCCGAUCUCGGUUCCAGAUAUGGGAGACGCUGGUCUCGAGUACAUGUUCAAGUUCGGCUACACAAUCGUGCUGAUCACGGUUGGGCUGAUGAUUUGGGCUUCCCUGGCUCGCGCGCGUGAACUCGGACCCCAAAGCCACCCGCCAUGUGCAUUCAACGCGCUCUGCUCCUGCUCGAAAAGCGCACCGGAUCUCGGCAUCGUGCACUGUCGUGACGUACUGUUUCCGGCCGUGCCGAAGGUGAUCAACAGCUCAAAGCUCUUCACGCUUACUAUGGACGGGACAGGGUUGCGCGAGAUCGAACCGUACUUUCUGCAGGCGACUGGGCUGUAUCGACUAGAAAUUACGCGCAACCCACUGACGGAGCUGCCGGACGAGGCCCUGCACGGUUUGGAGCGCACGCUGUGGGAGCUGGUACUCGAGCACAACCAGCUCGUGGAGGUACCGUCGCGCGCCAUUCGCGACAUGCGCAAGCUACGUCUGUUGAGCCUUCGUGGCAAUGAAAUCACCACUCUCGAGCAGGACGCAUUCCGCGGUAUCGAAAGUACGUUGCAAACGCUUGUUCUGGCCGAUAACUCCAUCACGCAGCUCUUACCGGGCACCCUGGGAGGUUUGCCCAGCCUGGAGACACUCGAUCUCUCCGGCAAUGGACUGAUGCAGCUGGACGCAAACGUGCUACGCGACGGACUGGGCAGACUGUCCAAGCUGCUGCUGGCCGAUAAUCUGCUGCAGCACGUUCCGUAUGACGCGGUGAGCGGACUGAAACGUUUGCGUGUACUCGACCUGGCACACAAUCGCUUGCAGGAUUUGCUGCAGGACGAUGAUGAGCAACCGGCGCCCGGUGCGGGGUCUGGCGGAAGCUACCGGUUGACGCUCGACUCGCUCAACCUGAGCUACAAUGCGAUCGAAACGCUACCCGCGGCUGCUUUCACUCACUUCGACACCUGCAACGUGACGUUGCUGGACGGAAACCCGCUCGGCACGAUCGAGAGUAACGCCUUCCGGCAGGCAAAGAUACGUGAGCUAUACGUCCGACACUGCGGACUCGACUACCUGCUGGAGGAUGCAUUUUCCGGGUUAGAAAAUUCCCUGCAGGUGCUCGAUUUGUCCGGCAACAAUCUGACGGAGGUCUCCGAAAGUUUGUUCCGAGGGUUCGACAAUCUACGAUACCUCAACGUGAAGGAUAACCUUCUACGACACGCGGACCAGCGCAAUGCGUCUCCAUUCGCCCGGCUCAACCUGAAUCGCCUGGAAGCUUUCGGGAAGGACAACAAGCCGGUUACGCUGGACGAUCUGCGGUCGAUGCGUAACCUACGCUCGUUGGCAAUGUCCUCCCUGCCGUCGAAUAGUCUCGGGCCGGAGAAUUUUGUCGACUUCAGUCCCGAGCUCGAGGACCUCCGGCUGAACCGUGCGUCGCUGAAGGUGAUCAAGUCACACGCGUUCACGCACGUACGCGGUCUGAAGCGUCUCGAUCUAAGCGAGAACCGCAUCGACUCCAUCGAGCCGGACGCCUUCACCGACGUCGGCCACUCGCUCGUGUCGUUGCGAGCAUCGCAUGGGUUCGGCGCCCAGCUCGUCACUUUUCCGAUCGAAGCGUUCCGCAAGCUGACCGCCCUCGAAGCGCUCGAUCUGAGCAACAACCGGCUGAAGCAGGUCGGCGACAGCAGCUUCCACCUGCUGCGCAACCUCGUCAGCCUCGAGCUGCACGACAAUCAGAUCGACACGCUUGCCAAGGGCACGUUCCAGGCGGACAUCCACACGAAACUAAUGAUGGUGUCGUUGCGCUACAACAGCCUCAAGUUGUUGGCGUCGCACACGUUCGCCGACCUGGAGGAGCUCGAAGCAUUGUUCCUGGAGGACAACCGCAUCGAGACGAUCGAAAAGCGUACCUUCAUGAACCUAGACAGUUUGAAGAUGAUCAACUUGCGUGGCAACCGGCUGAGCAAGAUCGCGGUGGAAGCAUUUCAAAACUUGCCGGAAUUAGAAAAGUUGGACCUUGCCUACAACUCGCUACCGUCGUUUGAUUUCGAUUUCCUGGACCAGGUCGGAUCGUUGACUGCACUCGAAGUAGAUGUUAGCCACAAUAAGAUUAAAACACUCGGCGAUGUGGAAAAUGGCACCGAGGGAUUCAGCUACAGCAGCCGCGAGCAAACGGUUAUGCACUCAAACAUUCGAUCGUUGGACUUUUCCAGCAACAAUAUUUCCAAGAUUGUUCCGGGUUAUUUCCGUCCUGCCGAGAUAUCGCUGAUGAAACUAGCUUUACAGCAAAAUAAGCUAACCGUCAUUUCGCGCGACAUCUUCGGCAAUAUGCCACACUUGAACUGGCUCGAUUUGUCCGAUAACCAGAUAGCGGACAUUGAGUACGACGCACUGCGCAGCACACGGAAGCUCCAGGUGUUGAAACUCUCCCAUAAUGCGCUGACGGAAAUUCCAACCGAAUUGUUCCGGAACGCGUACAGUUUGCGUAUACUCGAGCUGGCUCACAACAACUUGAAGUAUUUGCCGGACAAUUUGCUGCUGAGCGAAGGGUUGGAACGAUUGGACGUAUCGCAUAAUCAGUUUACAAAGAUUCCUGUAACCUCGCUGUCGAACAUGGCCGCUCUGGCGUUGUGCGAAUUGGAUUUGAGCCACAAUCACAUCGGCGCUAUACACAGCGUCGAUUUGAGCAAUAAGUUCCGGUCCCUAUCGUGGUUGGAUUUAUCACACAAUCGACUCGUGCGCCUUGAAGAUGCUGCCUUUGCCACGCUACCUCGGCUGUCGGUUCUCGAUCUAUCCCACAACGAUGAGCUGGAGGUUAUGGCAAGAGCCUUUAUCGGCCUAGAGAACAGUUUGAUCGAGCUGCGGUUGGCAAAUGUUUCGCUCAGCUCAGUGCCGGAAUUAUCGAAUCCUUCACUUCGUUCGUUAAAAAUUUCACAUAAUGAUCUCCCAACGAUACCACCGGAGCUAGCAGCCAAUAUGACAUCGUUAAGAGAACUUGACCUGUCCGAGAACGAUCUUACCAGUGUACCGCUGAUAACUCACUCGUUGCCAAAUCUCAAACAUCUUUCGCUAUCUGGUAAUCCUAUUACUACUCUUACCAAUACAAGUCUUCUGGGAGCAGCAGACACUCUAGAACAUCUCGACAUUGCAAAUCUUAACCUGUACUCAAUCGAGACGGGUGUUCUAAAUAAACUUCAUUACUUACGCUCCCUAAGAAUAUCCACGUUUCCGGCACUUCCAAAUUUCAAUAUACCAAAAAUACUCGAGAAUGCGAAUAACCUUCGCGAGCUGUGGAUAGAAGCUCCGAAACCGCCCUCAUCGACUGCGUCCGGCGUAACUGGAGCUGUGCCAAAGUCAAAACCAAUUACGAUCGCUGCAACGGAUUUGCGACGAGAAAUGGAAGGCAUGCUGCCACGUAAAUUGCAGAGCAUUACAUUUGGUGGUACUGGCUUUACGAGGCUUUCGGAUAGUGUGCUGAAAGGGGUACAAUCGGCAACAUUGCAUUUCCGUUUACAUAACACGUCGAUAGUUGCCCUGCCUGGCAAUCUGUUCCGCAACAUCGGCAAGCAGGUUCGCAACGUAUCGGUGACAAUCGACAACGAUAAUGAUCUUCUCCAGAGCAUUCCAACGCCUAACACUGCCCAUUAUCUAGCACUGCCGGAGUAUGUCUUUCUCACGGAUUUACACAUCAGCGGAAGUAUUCUUAGUUGCGAUUGUGAAAUAGGAUGGAUCGAAUUUUGGCAGCGAAAGAGACGUCAAUAUCUCUGCCCAGCUCAGCCGUGGACAGAAACAACGCUAACGAAUUAUUUCAAACACGCAACCCCGUUGGCGUACGCGAAAGGAGCCGAUUGCGAUAUGUCUGCGAACGAGCUUCGCGAGGCACGGUGCAGCAACAAAAAUAACGAUCUACUGCUGGAGGUGCUCAAAAAGGAUCUGGAAUGCGGUUGGGGCAGCACAGCCAACCGGCUAGGCAUCGUUCCGGCGGUGGCAUUUGUCCUCGUGUUCGUCGUGCUGCUAUUCUGACUCAUGCGCUAUUUGUUUCGAAUGUAUAGUGAAUUUUACGACUACCUCGAGCAACUGUACGGAGAGCGUACCGCAGGGGCUAACGGUUCCGUCGUUGUCGGAAGCUAUCUUGACGAUGGCUGUGACUUUGGCAGCGAGCUGGAUAUUGAGCUUGAGGAGUUAUGAACUGCCGUUAGCUUGCAUUUAUGCUUUUUGGUGUUUAUGCUUUUAAGUAAUACUCAAUAUCGUUGAAACAGUGAAUGCACAUGGGGUCGGUUAGGAUUUCCAACACAGAACCGUUACGCAUAGUUCAAUCCAAGAGCCAUUCGUUUGGUAUUUCCAGGCAGCGUAAUCUACUGCCUUUUUUAUGUUCAUGUUGCUAUUUCUUUGAAUAAACAAACCAAAACAACGA